AGUGGAGAGAGAGAGAGAGGGGGCCAAGGCGGCAUCUUUAUCUCAUCAUCUGUGUUGCCAGCGAAGAAGUGGUAGGAUCAAAGCUUCCUCUUCUACCCAAAAAAAAAAAAAAGCUUCCUCCAAAGCUGGCAUUUCUUCUUUGGGUUUUUUUCUGCCGCACCUCCGUAUUUACCUUGAAAUUUUGGGCUUAAAUCCAUUGCUUCCCUCCGCAUCCUCUCCACAUCUCCCUCGCUCUCUUAGGGUGUGUAGGGGUUUGACAAUUUCAUUUUCCUAUUCUUCAUCCUGUAAGGAGAACAAAAUGUGGAGGAUUUGAGAGAUGUUUGAAGGUUUUGGAACUAUUGCAACCAUGUCGACUUCUCCAUCUUUGGCUGGUGGGGAGAAGAGGCAUUGGUGGCUUAGCAACAGAAAGGUUGUCGACAAGUAUGUAAAAGAAGCUCGAGCGCUAAUCGCCACCCAGGAGCAGUCGGAGAUCGCUUCGGCCCUGAAUCUCCUCGAUGCUGCCCUUGCGCUCUCUCCGCGGUUCGAGUCGGCUCUUGAGCUUAAAGCUCGAUCCCUUCUCUACCUCCGACGAUACAAGGAGGUUGCUGACAUGCUUCAAGAAUACAUACCCAGCGUCAAGAUGGUAUCCGAAGAAUCAUGCCUCUCUUCCGACAACUCGUCCCAGCAGCUGUCUAGGGAACAAGUUAAGCUCCUCCCCUCUGACUCGAUAGAUAAAGACCCCACUUUUAAAUGCUUCUCUGUUUCGGACCUAAAGAAGAAGGUCAUGGCUGGUAUCUGUAAGAGCUACGAGACGGAAGGGCAAUGGAGGUACUUGGUUGUGGGUCAAGCUUGUUGCCAUCUUGGGUUGAUUGAAGACGCAAUGGUGCUCCUUCAAACAGGAAAACGUCUAGCUUCAGCAGCGUUCAGGAAGGAAAGCGUGUGCUGGUCUGACGACAGCUUCUCGUUCGCCAACGUUACUGGCAGCAGCGAUUUCAGCUACGGCAAUACUCCGAUAACGCCACCACCGCCGGAGUCCGAGUGUGUCGCACAACUCCUCAGUCACAUCAAGCUGCUCCUUCGCCGCCGCACUGCGGCCGUUGCAGCCUUAGACGCAGGUCUCAACUCGGAAGCCGUCAGGCACUUCUCCAAGAUAGUUGAUAAUCGCCGAGGAACCCCACAGGGCUUCCUUGCGGAAUGCUACAUGCACAGAGCUUCUGCAUACAGGGCUGCUGGCCGAAUUGCAGAGGCCAUUGCUGAUUGCAAUAGGACCCUUGCACUUGACCCAACCUGUAUCCCGGCUCUGACCACACGGGCCAGCCUCCUGGAGACCAUUAGAUGCUUUUCCGAUAGCCUGCGUGAUCUCGAACACUUGAAGCUCCUCUAUGAUUCCAUCUUACGGGACAGGAAGCUCCCUGGCCCUGUUUGGAAGAGGCACAAUGUCCGGUACCGUGACGUCCCAGGCAAUCUGAAGGCCUUGACAUCGAAGAUGCAGGAAUUGAGGCAGAGACUGGCUUCUGGGGAGACGGGCAAUGUGGAUUAUUAUGCACUGAUCGGAUUGAGGAGGGGCUGCUCGCGAUCGGAGUUGGAGAGGGCCCAUUUGUUGCUGAGCUUGCGGCACAGACCUGAUAGGGCCAUCAGUUUUAUCGAUCGAUGCGAGUUUGUGGAUGAUCGUGACAUUGAUUCGGUGAAAGACCAAGCAAGGAUGUCGGCAUUGGUGUUAUAUCGGCUUCUACAAAAGGGGUAUUCGACCGUCAUGUCCACUAUCAUGGACGAGGAGGCAGCUGAGAAGCGGAGGAAGAAGGCCGCAGCUGCUCUACAGGGAGCGGCGGUGGCGGCUUCACCCCAAAACCAAGUUAUCGUCCCAGAGCCAAAGUUGGAAUGCGAGAAGAGUAGUGGUAAACCUUUACCAGCAGCAAUGGAGAUUCAAGGGAGGAACCGGAGUUCAUCAGAUUACAGUGCAGUGGAUGAGGUCAAGGAGAGGAAGAACGUGAAUGCGAAUGCGGCGGCCACAGCAACAGCAGCAGUAUUCCAAGGGGUUUUUUGUCGAGAUCUUGCCGUCGUUGGGAAUUUGCUGUCGCAGGUUGGGUUUGACAUUCCGAUUCCGGUCAAAUAUGAAGCUUUGAGCUGCUAAUGUAACCAGGACGACGAAGAAGCUUAGUAAUAUGGGAAUAGAGAGGCAAUUGUCAUAUGCUUAAUCCUUGUACCCACACUCUCCCCUCCCCUCCGCUCCUCUUUACAAGUCUCUCUGUACAGAACAAAUCGAGAGAAGAAAAGAGAUGGUACCACCAUACCCAACGGGAAAAUUUUGUCACCUUCGCUCCCAUGUGUAGUUGUAGUUUCAGUACUUUAGGUUUCAGUAUCAGUUCUAUCUUCCCUUUUUUCGAAUCCGUUAAUGGUGGUUGUUUCGUUAAGAUAUGUACAGUACUAUAUCCCAAUUUCAUCUUUUUGUAGUCUCAGUCUUUAAUUACAUUGAAUUGAAGCUGUAGCCUUCUAGCUUAUUAGAAAGAUAUUUUCCCCUGUUCUUCUUCA